UUUCCUUUCCCUACAGCAGCUUCGGGGAAGCCACAUAUAAUUCAGUGUCGAUCACCUGAAAUGGAAACAUUUUCAUGUUACUGGAGUACAGAUGAUUUUCCUCAUGAAUUUGAACCAGGAAAAAUUCAACUGCUAUACUCAAAAAGGUUGGAUGAGGAGGAAGAAUGGAAAGACUGUCCUGAUUAUACAACUUCUGGUGAAAACAGCUGUUACUUCAAUAUAUCCUUCACCGCCGUUUGGGUCCCUUACUCUGUUCGGCUUUACAUUGCAGAUCAGUUAUAUGAUGAAAAACAUUUCCGGGUGGAGGAUAUAGUAAUUCCAGAUCCUCCAGUUGGGCUGAACUGGACAGUGCUAAACACCAGCCCAAGUGGCGUCUAUACUGAUGUUCAGGUUACUUGGAAGCCUCCACCCUCUGCAGAUGUUGACAAUGGAUGGCUCAUACCUUUCUAUCAGCUUCAGUAUAAAGACGUCAAUGCAACAGAGUGGCAUGAACUGGAUCCAAAACGUGCCACCGAAGUUCCAGUAUAUUCUUUAAAGACAUGCCAAGACUAUGAGAUACGGGUUCGAGCAAAAGGAAUGCCUGGAGUUUAUGGUGAAUUCAGUGAAGUGCUGUAUGUGUCAUUUGAUUUAAAAGGACUGGUGCCAUGUGUGGAAGAAUUCCAAAUUCCUUGGCCUUUGGUUAUGGCCUUUGGAAUAGUUGGCCUAAUGGUGAUGCUGUCCCUUGUCUUCUUUUCUAAAAAACAAAAGCUGAAAAUACUGAUCUUUCCUCCUGUGCCAGUGCCCAGAAUUAAAGGAAUUGAUCCAGACCUCUUAAAGAAAGGAAAACUGGAUGAAGUUAAUUCCAUUUUAGCAAGUCAUGGUAGCUACAUGCCCCAGCUUUAUGGAGAUGACUCUUGGGUGGAAUUUAUUGAGCUGGAUAUAGAUGAAGCUGAAGAUAGAACUGAAGGAUCAGAUACUGAUAGGCUUCUUGGUGAUGUCCACAUGAAAUCUCAUGGCUGCCUUGCAGUGAGGGAUGAUGAUUCUGGACGGGCCAGCUGUUGUGAGCCUGAUAUCCCAGAGACUGAUUUCAGUGCAAGUGAUACAUGUGAUGGAACUUCUGACAUUGAUCAGUCCAAAAAGGUAAAUGAUAAAGAAGAGGAUCUCUUGUGCCUUGAUCAAAAAAACAUUGAUAAAUCAAUGUCAGGUCUUGAUGAUGCAUCUGCCUGCUUGCCAUUAGAUAAUCCAUCCAAAGAACAAGACCUUAAAUCCCAUAUUCCUGCCACUGAGAUAACCAAUCCGCUUGUCCAGACCCAGUUAAGCAAUCAAAGUUCAGUAAGGAACAUUGACUUUUAUACACAGGUCAGCAACAUUACGCCAAGAGGAAGUGUUGUGCUAUCCCCAGGACAAAAAAUGAAGACAGGGAAAACUCAAAGUGAAGCUCAGAAAGAACCACUUGCAUGGUGUCAGCCAACCUUGGCCAUGGACAGUGCCUAUUUCUGUGAGUUGGAUGUGAAAAAAUGUGUCACUGUGACACCUCCCAAAGAAGAUGAGCCAGAAGUUCAAGUCCAGAGCUUUUCUGAGGAUGCUUACUUGACCACCGAUAACCUUGUCAUUCAUCCUGUGAGCCCUGCUAUGGUAGCAACAGCUGCAGAAGAAAAAGAUCCAGAAGCUUCUGAGAUACCUGUGGCAGACUAUACCUCCAUUCAUAUGGUACAGUCUCCACAAGGCCUUGUUCUCAAUGCAACAACUCUCCGUGUGCCAGACAAAGAAUUCAUCAUGUCUUCUGGCUAUGUGAGCACAGAGCAACUUAACAAAAUCUUAUCAUAG